UUAUACCAUUUCAUAAUCAUAGCCAUUUUGUUUGAAUUGUCUAUUGUGUGUGCGUAUUUGCUCGGGUUAUUUUAUUCACCACUGCUGUAAGUGAUCCUCAGCCCUUGCCCUAGUCAGCAAUCUAUGUUCCACAAAUCUGUCAUCAUUCCAAAGACACGCGUCUUCGUGGAACGACAGACGCGAGCGCGGUAAUAUGCCGAUGGGGGUGUGUGCGUAUGGCGAGCGGAGCAGUAGAGUUAUUUAGCGAGACUGAUUUCUUUCUUCGCUGAAGGGAAUACCGCAGCAAUUAAUACACGAAUUACGGCGUAGUGAAACUAUUUGACAGCUUGACGAGGUCUACUCUCUAACUUCUGCUAAAGACAAGGAAUCGCUUGACGCAUGCAUGCAUGUAAUAUCUGUCUCAAAUCGCAGCAACGAGAGCCGCAUAGGCUAUUUUAUAAUGCGAGCGUGACAACAUUGCAAACGGAGGCAGAAAUAAGGGAGAAUAGCGGAGGGCCAGUCCUAGCGGUUCACCACUAUACGAGCCAGACCAAAGGCGGGGGAGAGCGGGCCGAAACAGCAGUAUGUCGAACCGAAAACAUCGGGACAACCAAGAGAUGUGCGCUCGUAAGGUCCGGGAGCUUGCCCAGGCUGGAGUAAACAAACACUGCUUCGAGUGCAGUCAACCCGGGGUGACUUAUAUCGAUAUCACGGUCGGCUGCUUCGUGUGCACGUCGUGCUCUGGAAUGCUGAGAGGACUUAACCCUCCCCACAGAGUCAAGUCUAUAUCCAUGACAACCUUCUCCCAACAGGAAGUGGAGUUUCUGCAAAACCAUGGCAAUGAGGUGGGGAGGAGGACCUGGCUGUGUGCCUUUGAUCCAAAGACCGACGGGUGCUUCGACAAGAGGGACUCCCAGAAACUGAAAGAGUUCCUCCAGGACAAAUACGAGAAGAAGAAAUGGCAUUUUUCGAAAAACAAGAACCGGAAGGGCUUGGAGGGACCCUGGAGUCCCCAGGGAAUUCAGACCUUACCCCCGUCCCACGGCCCAAUGGCUGCCCAGCCGCCCCCCCAGUCCAUGACCUCAUCAGCCAGAACGACACGCGCACUGCCCCAGUCUCAGCUCUCAUCCUGGGGGGACAGAGUCCCAACCAUCUCGCCUGCGGACAUGAGGGCUGACGUUUUCACUGCUCGUGCUCCCUCCCGCUCCCAGAGCUUCAGAGACGCCCCUAUGAAAGACUCUCUGAUGAGUGGUAUAGAACGACAACGUCCAGGCUCUCUGUCUUCGACACUGGGACCCCAAAGCCACGCUCCCCCCUUCCCAGCCCUGCCGAGGCCCUCAGCCAGUAGCACUUUCAAAAACAACUACAUUUUAGGUCGUUCUGUGCUCUCUUCUGGGGGCUGUGGCUCUUUCAGGGCCUUCCCUAAGUCUCUGAGUGUGGACUUCGGAGGGCUCAGCCAACAGCACAGUCAAAGUGCCCUCAGCAUCGCCCCCCCCACCCCGGCCACAGCCCCCGGCCCCAACAUGCAGACACAACACCAGGACCGAUACGCUGCCCUCUCCCAACUAGACAGUGUCUUUUCUGACACGUCUCCUGGAAACGUGACUGGACCGGGGACUGGAACCGUGACUGGACCUGGGUCUAGAGCUACAGCACCCCCUGAUGGACUGCCCCAGUAUAGCACCCUAUUUGGGAAUCGCCUGUCAGCCAGUUCCACUCCUGCCAGCUCUCCCGGUGUGGAUAUUGGGUCUGGAACGCAAACAUUUGCAAAUUUUCCCAACCCAUUCAGCACCAGUUCCAGCUGUCAGCAGCAGCAGCCAGCCCUGUCCCCCAGUAACCCCUUCAACAGCAGCACCUCGGGAGAUGACUGCAGUGGGUUCAUCAACUCUUCAGCCCCCAACACCUUCCCAGCUCCCGCCACCCAGAACGCAUUUCCACACAAGCAGACCAACAACCAGGAAGCCAACGGUUUUGCCCCUUUCCCGGCACCAAACUCUCAACCCAAAGUUCCCCGACCGAUGUCAGUGAACCCCUUCACAGGGAAUGUUUACCCGAGUAGAGGAACGUCGCGAAACCCUUUCAUCUGACGCCGUCACCUCUGGCUACCCUCACUCCCCCGGCACAUGAAGGGGGGGUGGACUAAACGGGGAGUGAACUUGAGGAGUUGCUGCCAUUUCAAUGCUUCUAGAGGACUUUCACCUUUCAGAGAAAGAGAGAGAGACACUUUAAUGUAGGCCCCUCUCCCCUCUGUGUGUGUGUGCAUGUGAAGUCUGUCCAGUAAUGUUUAUCUGUGGAAAGAGUGUGUGUGUGUGUGUGUGUGUGUGUGUGUGUGUGUGUGCCACAUGCCAUAUCAAAGAUGUUUGUGUGACAGUAGAAGCCACCUCAGGGCUCUGUGGGUCUCAUCCCCAAGAGGCACACACACAUGCAUUGCUCUUCCAGCCAUGCCCCGCUUCUUUGCAGCAACAUCCAGAGUCAUAACACACCAAAUCAAUACACUGCUUUUUAGAGCAUUAGGGCAUCCAGAAGUUUCCAAAAAGUAGCCAGUCAUUUAGACAGUCAGUCAGUAGGUGAAUCAGACGGACAAUCAGUCAGUCAGUAGGUCAGUGUGUUCCAAGUUACAGAAUAGAGAUUACCCUCUUCAGGGCUUAUAGAGCAGAGCAAAAUGACAAGCGCAAAAAAAAUAAUAAUAAGCUAUGAUUUUUUUUUUUCUCAAUGAGGGUUAUGCCAGCCUUAACACAACAUCCUCCUGACGCAUGUAAAUGGGAGAGUGCUACAGAGAACCCCCGUCUGUCCUUCAUGUGUGCCGUGUGUGGAUGUGGAACACAUUCUGUUAGUUGUCAUUGUCCGUAACUCAUUUGUGUUUUGGUCUCAGGCUGCAUGUGCUUGGAGGGCUUCGAGAGGAGAAGCUACUGAAUGUAAAAGAUAUUUUAAAAACAAUAACUGUGUACAUCUCUCCAUGUAUGGACCAAAUGUUUCUGUUGUUUUUUGGUGACAACAUGGGGGUGAAAUACAGUAUGGUCCAAAAGUCUUAGGCAUCUGAAAUUCAAACUAAAGUCAUUCAUUUGGAUAGUAAGUGUUCAUUUAUGAAAAGAAAAUAUAUAUAUAGGUUACGUUCAAAUAGGUCAGCCAGAACAUUGCCCAAAGAAUUACACUGUCUCCGCUGGCUUGCCUCCUUCCCAUAGUGCAUCUUGGUGCCAUGUGUU